UCCUCCCGGCCACAGAGGGCAGCACCACGGCCGGCCUCGCUUCAGUCAUCCGCGCGUGUCAGUGCUUCGCGACACUAUUUACGGAACAUGCGCAGUGGGCUCGUUCUUUUCCCAGUGCAGCGGAGUCUAAACCCCAGUCUUUAGACUCCCGUCUCCCGGCUAACGGAGGUCAAAAAGACUACAAAAUGGGCUUCGUCAAAGUAGUUAAGAAUAAGUCUUACUUCAAGAGGUACCAGGUGAAAUUCCGCAGGAGGAGAGAGGGGAAGACGGACUACUAUGCCCGCAAGCGCCUGGUGGUGCAGGACAAGAACAAGUACAACACGCCCAAGUACAGGAUGAUCGUCCGCUUCACCAACAGGGACAUCAUCUGCCAGAUCGCCUAUGCCAAGAUUGAGGGGGAUAUGAUCGUCUGCGCUGCCUACUCCCACGAGCUGCCCAAGUACGGUGUCACCGUGGGCUUGACGAACUACGCUGCGGCCUACUGCACUGGGCUGCUGCUGGCCCGCAGGCUGCUGACCAAGUUUGGCCUGGACAAGGUGUACGAGGGUCAGGUUGAGGUGACUGGGGACGAGUACAAUGUGGAGAGCAUCGACGACCAGCCGGGGGCGUUCACCUGCUACCUGGACGCUGGCCUGGCCAGGACCACAACCGGCAACAAAGUGUUCGGUGCUCUGAAGGGCGCUGUGGACGGAGGGCUGUCCAUCCCCCACAGCACCAAGCGUUUCCCUGGCUACGACUCGGAGAGCAAGGAGUUCAACGCAGAGGUCCACCGCAAGCACAUCAUGGGCCAGAACGUGGCGGAGUACAUGCGCUUGCUGAUGGAGGAGGACGAGGAAGCGUACAAGAAGCAGUUCUCUCGGUUCAUCAAGAACGGCGUGACUGCAGACGCAAUGGAGGAGAUGUACAAAAAGGCUCACGCUACUAUCCGAGAGAAUCCUGUCCACGAAAAGAAGCCCACAAAAGAAGUCAAGAAGAAGAGGUGGAACCGUGCCAAGAUGUCUCUGGCUCAGAGAAAGGACCGUGUCGCUCAGAAGAAGGCCAGCUUCCUCCGAGCACAGGAACAGGCUGCAGCCGACAGCUAAAGAGGUGGCCUCUGCUACUACCCACGGCACAAUGCGUCUUUUGAUUUAAUAAACAAUUUCAAAAAGA